AUGGCAGAGGUAUCCGAAAAGCCUAGAAUGAUCGCCGCCAUGUUUAACAGUCCCGGUCCAUGCUACGGUCUACCUGGCCUGACCGGGGCCCCAAGUCACGACCCCCGUAGUACCCAUGUCAGGGCGGCUGCCUACUCCUUCGGACCCAAACACGGCAAAUACGUGGAUGACUGUAGCCCAGGGCCGGCCUAUUACCCCGACCCAAAUGUCACGAGGAGUGGGCGAAAAGGAGACCCUUCUUACUCUCCCUGUACUCCAAAGCUAAAGAUGUGGCAACGUUCAAGACCCCCUGGUCCAGGCGCUUACUGUCCCGAGAUGGCUGGACCUCAGGCCCAAAGUUCACCUCCCAAAUACAGCUUUGGCACCCGCCAUCGUUACAGGGGUACUGAUCACACACCCGGCCACAAGUAUACCCUCCCUUCUGUGUUCGGACCACGCACGUACGAAAGCAGCAAGCCUCAGGCCCCUGCUUUCUCCCAGAGAGGACGCCGUAACCAAGGAAGUUUUUGCGAGGAUCUGAGUAAGACCCCCGGCCCUGGAACGUACAGAGUUAGCGACCCCAACACCAACAAGCACAAGGCCCAUCAUACAGCAUGUCCCAGCCGAAAUCAGGCCCCUGGUGACGCUACGAAGAAGCCCGGCCGCGGUGCCCACUGCCCGGAAAGAGUGAUCAUCAACAAGAAGCAGGCCCCUCAGUUCAGCUUCGGCGUGCGACAUUCCAACUACCUGGCACCUGUUAUAUUCGAUUGUUUUCGAAUAGAGAAAAACGCCAAAUUUUCGUGCAUUAAACAUUCAUUAAGGGAUAACUUCAGUUUCAACGGACAUCACCGUUAUGAAUGA